AUGCUGCCAGGUCUCACGGACCGAUGGGGUGCGACGCUCCAAGUGCUGCUACCAUCGAAGUCGGAAUCUGCCAGUGCAUCGGCUCGAAGAAAUGCACUGCAGGAGCUCAAGGAGGUCGACGCCGUCCGCAUUUCAGCCUCUGGAAAAAAAAAGGGCAGCAAGACGCGAUACACAGUCGAAGUGUUCAUGGUUCCUUCCACCUCUUGCUCUGGUAUAUCAACUGCAUCGACGGAACCCGCAGUGCGAAUUGAACGAGAGCAAUCCGACUUUAAGGACGUUGCUGAUGAACUCCACAAAAUCGUGAGCUCUGCACACUCCGGCAAGCGCUGCGAACUCUGCUCGGCGAUUCUGAACUGGUUCGUGCUUGGUGAAAACCCGGAUGCAGUGAUGUUGAUGUUCGUCAGCAACGAACGCAUUGCUCGCAAACUCACAAAAUUCCUUCAAGACUUGCUGACACCGACCAUUAAGUACGCAUCUGACGACAUUCAAGGCGGCUGCUCUGGUCAAACUCUCAUCCCGCUAGCCGUACACAAGUUCCUUUUCAACACACCUGCGACGUGUGCUAGUUUCCGGCGCUUCAUCAAUUCAAUUUAA